CCGUUUUGGGGUCCUAAUAAUCUUCUUCUCUGAGCUUGACCUAAAGCAUUCCACAACAUACAGGGACACUGAGAGCCGGCUCUGCCUCCACGCUGAAAAACAUGGACUCGCAGGUGGAGACAGAGGCAAAGCCAGAUAUUGAGGACCCUGAGAAGAAGAAAAAGAAAGAGGAAAAGGCAAAAGCAAAGGAAUUGAAAAAACUCAAGGCUUUACAAAAGGCGGAGGCAGCCAAACUUCAGGCACAACAAGCAUCGUCAAAUGCCUCAAAAAAAAGUGAGAGGAAAAUAAAGCGGGAUGCUGAGGAAGAGAAUACUGAGGAUUAUAUUCACCCAGAAACACCUUUUGGUGAGAAGAAACGUCUUUCUCGUCAGAUGGCAAAGCAAUAUAGUCCAAGUGCAGUAGAGAAUUCAUGGUAUGAAUGGUGGGAAAAAUCAGGCUUCUUUGUGGCAGAUUCUAGCAGCUCCAAACCGCCAUUUGUGAUUGUUCUGCCACCUCCAAAUGUAACUGGGGCCCUGCAUAUAGGUCACGCCCUUACCUCUGCCAUACAGGAUACAAUUAUCCGUUGGCGGAGAAUGUCGGGAUACAAUGCCUUAUGGGUUCCUGGAAUGGACCAUGCUGGGAUAGCAACUCAGGUCGUUGUGGAGAAGAAGUUAAUGCGGGAAAGGAAAUUAACCAGACAUGAUAUUGGCCGUGAGAACUUUGUAUCUGAAGUUUGGAAUUGGAAGAAUGAGUAUGGGGGGACCAUAUUGAAACAACAACGACGUAUGGGUGCUUCUCUUGAUUGGUCCCGUGAGUGUUUUACAAUGGAUGAGAAAAGGUCAUUGGCUGUUACAGAGGCUUUUGUUAGGCUUUACAAGGAGGGUCUUAUCUAUAGGGAUCUUCGAUUAGUGAAUUGGGAUUGCAUCUUGCGAACAGCAAUAUCUGAUAUUGAGGUAGACUAUGAGGACAUCAAAGUUAGGACUCUCUUAAAGGUUCCUGGAUAUGAAAAGCCAGUGGAGUUUGGUGUUUUAACAUCGUUUGCUUAUCCUAUAGAAGGAGGGGAAGAGAUAGUUGUGGCCACUACUAGAGUGGAAACAAUGCUUGGUGAUACUGCUAUUGCUGUACAUCCUGAUGAUGAAAGGUACACGCGUUUUCAUGGAAAAUUCGCCAUUCAUCCAUUUAAUGGAAGGAAACUUCCUAUUAUUUGUGAUGCAAUACUCGUUGAUAAGAAUUUUGGGACUGGUGCUGUUAAGAUAACUCCAGCCCAUGAUCCAAAUGAUUUUGAGGUUGGGAAGCGUCAUAAUCUUGAGUUCAUCAACAUUUUCACUGAUGAUGGGAAAAUAAAUAGCAAUGGUGGUCCAGAAUUUGCAGGGAUGCCACGUUUCAAAGCCCGUGAGGCUGUGGUUGCAGCAUUACACAAAAAGGGACUCUAUAAAGGCGCAAAAGAUAAUGAGAUGCGUCUAGGCCUUUGUUCAAGGACCAAGGAUGUUGUGGAGCCACUGAUAAAGCCUCAGUGGUAUGUUAGUUGCAGUGGAAUUGCCAAUGAAGCUCUUGAUGCUGUUAUGGAUGAUGAGAAUAGGAAAAUUGAGAUUAUUCCAAAGCAGUAUGCUGCUGACUGGAAAAGAUGGCUUGAGAACAUUCGAGAUUGGUGUGUCUCAAGGCAACUUUGGUGGGGCCACCGCAUUCCUGCAUGGUAUGUUACAUUGGAGGAUGACAAAAUGAAGGAACUUGGUGCAUACACUGACCACUGGGUGGUUGCUAGAAAUGAGGAAGAGGCUCAAAUUGAGGCUAGCAGAAUGUUUCCUGGGAAGAACUUUCAGAUAUCUCAAGAUCCUGAUGUACUGGACACAUGGUUUUCUGCUGGUCUCUUCCCAUUAACUGUGUUGGGCUGGCCAGAUGAUACACAAGAUUUGAAGGCAUUUUAUCCAACUUCAGUUCUGGAAACUGGGCAUGACAUUCUCUUUUUCUGGGUUGCUCGGAUGGUGAUGUUAGGUAUUAAGCUGGGAGGUGAUGUGCCUUUUAGAAAGGUUUAUUUGCAUCCAAUGAUUCGUGAUGCACAUGGGCGUAAGAUGUCUAAGUCGUUGGGAAAUGUUAUUGACCCUCUUGAAGUGAUAAAUGGGAUAUCCCUUGAAGGCCUUCACAGGAGGUUGGAAGAGGGUAACUUGGAUCCCAGUGAACUGGUAAUUGCCAGAGAGGGACAGGUGAAGGACUUCCCUAAUGGUAUUGCUGAAUGUGGUGCAGAUGCUCUUCGUUUUGCUCUUGUGACUUAUACAGCACAGUCUGAUAGAAUAAAUUUGGAUAUCCAAAGAGUUGUUGGGUAUCGCCAAUGGUGUAAUAAACUGUGGAAUGCAAUACGAUUUGCUAUGAGCAAGCUUGGAGAUGAUUACACCCCACCGAUGGAAAUAGUUCCAGAUGUUAUGCCAUUUACCUGCCAAUGGAUACUUUCUGUACUGAACAAGGCUAUAUCAAAAACAGUGUCAUCAUUGGAUUCAUAUGAAUUUGCGGAUGCUGCCAGCACAGUAUAUUCAUGGUGGCAGUUCCAAUUGUGUGAUGUAUUCAUUGAAGUAGUUAAACCUUUCUUCUCUAGUAAUGAUCCUAAAUUUGCAUCUGCGAGGAGGUUUGCCCAAGAUACACUGUGGGUAUGUUUGGACAAUGGGCUGCGGUUGCUUCAUCCAUUUAUGCCAUUUGUUACAGAAGAAUUGUGGCAGCGCCUUCCUCCAGCAAGAGAUUGUGCUAGGAAAGAAUCAAUUGUGAUAUCCGACUACCCAUCAGUUGUACAGCAUUGGACAAAUGAAAGAGUAGAGUAUGAGAUGGACCUCGUGGAGUCUACUGUGAAAUCACUUAGGUCUCUCAGGUCUUUGAUGCCUGCUAAGGAACGACAUGAAAGGCGACCAGCUUAUGUGCUUUGCCGGACGGAUGCAAUUGCAGAAAUUAUAAAUAGCUACGAACUGGAGAUUUUGACUCUUGCCACUUUAUCAUCCUUGAAGGUUCUUAACGAGGGUGAUGAUGCUCCUAUCGGAUGUGCUGUAUCAGUAGUAAAUGAGAGCCUUUCUGUCUAUCUCAAGCUUCAGGGAGCUCUUAACGCAGAAGCAGAGCGAGAAAAACUCAGGAAAAAGAUGGAGGAGAUAAGAAAGCAACAGGAGCAUCUAACACAAAUCAUGAGUGCUUCUGGGUACCAAGAAAAGGUUCCGGCUCGUAUUCAUGAAGAAAAUGUAGCCAAGUUAUCAUCAUUGAUGCAAGAACUUUUGUCGUUUGAACAAGCUAGCCAGCAUCUGGAACGUGAUAUUGCAGCAGAACAAGAAUCCCAUUGAGUCUUCAACCUCACAGAAGGCCCCAUUGGAGGAAACUUAAAUUAUUUUCUCUUGUUUUUCAUUACUAAGUGUGACAUUUUUUUUUUUUUUGUUUUUUUGUUUUUUUGUUUUUUUUUAAAUUGUGAAAUUCUGAGACUUCAUUAAAUUAAAUGUUAUCAGAUUUUAAAAUUUUUUAAUGAUCUAAAUUUUGACAAAUAUUGGUUCAAAUCGUUGCAAGUU